AAUAACAACGUUUCUUGCAUUCGAUAAUCUUCGAAAUAUUUUGUUGACAAAAAAAAAUCAUAAAAUGUAGCGGGAGCUUAACAAUAAUUGCAGUACUAGACAAAAUUUACAAACGUAGUUAAUCAUUUAAAGAUCCUGAGACAGAACAAUGUAAUUGAUAGUGCCUAGAAACAGAAAAAUAGAAGCACAAAAUUAGAGAUCGUGCGUCUAUCGCAACAUAACAUGCGUUCGAAUUUUCUCAGUUUGAUGUAGAGACUGUCGGCAAUGGAGGGUAUGCUUGAAUUACUGUCAACAACAGAUGCAGCUGUGAAAGCUUUGGAUAGAUCUAAUAGAUCACAUUCAUCAACAAGCAGCAGAUCAUCAUCUGGAUCCAAGAAGAAAAGUCUGUCGGAAUUACCAGACAGUGGAAUAGGUCAGACAGAAGACAAAUCUCAGAAAACCCAACCAACUCACUCUGCAGAGGUAGAGGAAUUAGAGAUAUCGCAGCAUAGCUCUGAUGUGAGCACUACAGCUAGUGAUGUAUUAAUCCGAAGCACAACAGCAGCUCCAGGGGAGAAAAGUGUCCUAGAUGACAAGAGUUUCCAAAGUGUUGAUACAAGUAACAUCUCCAAGUGUUCAAAGUACUCUUUUGGUAAAGAGAAUUUUAACAGUUCUGGUCCUGUUAAAGUUAAGGUCUCGUCUAAAUUGCUGAGAGAAAUUAAAUCUCCUCUUGAAAGUCCUAGAGAAGAAUUAGAUGUGAAUAAAGAAUCCCCCAAAAUUCAGAAUGGAGAGCCAGAAGACAAUGCAAAUAAAAUGAGAGGAAAACACUUGCACAGAGAGACUCGCAAAAUGUCAACAGAGUCAAAGGCAAGCUCCAGAGGGGGAGAACACUUUCGAACUCAGAGAGCCUCAGAUAUUGCAAAACAAUCUAGUCGACCCAAUUCGGCCUCCUCAUAUUCUUCUACCGGAAGCAAGCCUGGGUCUGUAAGUAAAGAACCUUCUUCAAAGUCUUAUAAAGAUUCAAAAACGAUUUAUCAACCCACUUCAGCAAAACAUAUAAGUAACAAUCCCAAGGACAUCAUUACUCUGCAAAGCACACCCCCGAGUAAGCAGUCCAGUAAGGCAAAGAAAGACAAUCCAGUCACAUCCGAUAAACAAAGACAGAUGAAAGGGUUCCCUCAACCAGUCUUUGUGGAGCGGCAUACGCCUGAAAAAGUGUACAGAGACAAGAAAAUUCUUAGUGAUGAUGAUAAAGGCAGCUAUAUAGAGGAAUUCUGUAAAGAGGAAAUGGAAAGUCAAGAUCUGGUGCCAGAAAAAUUGGAAAUCAGUGUGAACAGUGCUACCAGUAGUCAACCAGAGAUCGUCACCAUACCAGAGAGAAUUGUUACCAUAUCAACCAGGAGUUCAUUGUCCUCGGACCAUUCGCUUAGUGACUCGGGGCAGAUACUCACUGUUCAGGAGAAACUAGUCACAAUUUCAGCAGCCCAGCAUAUGGAGGACGAUUCUACCACGAGUCAAGCUGAGGAAGAAGAGGAGAAAAUCCCUCCAAGACUGCCAGAUAAAUUUCAUCAGUACGCCAAGCAUCAUAGUGGUGGAUUAAAGCAAGGAUCAGAGAGCAGUGGAGUGUCUGCAGUGGAUCAUACGUCUGAUUCAGAUGGCAUCCAUGUGGAAAAAUUCCACUUGUCUGAGAAACAACGAUUAAUGAAAGAGAACUUCGCAAAAAGGUUACACAGUGGUCCCAAGAAGAGGGUUGUUCAGCCCAGACUGAUUGGUCCAGCAGCCAAGUCCGUCAAGAAGGAAAAAGACGAGCCUAGCAGCCAGUCUACAGACGCCAUUACCGCAGCAGUGGCUGCUAGCGCUGCCAUAGCCGCCACACAACCGUUCCUAAAGGCACAACAAGAGUUGGAGAACAAGAUGGCCAACAUUCUGAACCAGAUUGCCAGUUUUCAGUCCGGUGUGGCUCCUCCAUUGAAGGGAGAAACAGAGUCCGAGAGGGUGACACAGCUAGAGAAACAACUGGCCACCGUCACAGAGCAAAGAAUACAGCACUUGGAGAAUUUACAGGAGCAUCAGGUCGCCAUGCAGGCAAAACUGUUAUCCUUAUCAAGAACACCACAGAACAGAGUGGAGGUUCCUCAGUCAAAAGCGUCCACAAUAAGAUCCCCCUCCAGGAGCCCCCCUGUACAGAGGAGGAAGGAAUUCCCUCCCAGACCCAUCGUAAAGAUGACCGUCCCACGACCCGGUCAGAGGGAGUACAGUCAGGAACAGUUUCAGGACCAGAAGUCACCAGAGACACCCAAACCCCGGACUAAUCCACCCAAACCGCUGUCCUUUGAAUUCCGAACCAAGAAACAUCUGUCAACUCGAGGAAUUCUGGAGGAGAUUCUGGCGUCGGAUACGUCCCCCCGUCGAGACAUCCCCGAGCCCACCAAGUACGAAGACAAAGACAAAUUGAGGGGAGAGUGUAUGGAAAAGUCUCCGUCUGUAAAGAGAGCAGAGAAACUGGUCCACCAGAUAGAAGAUGUCAAGGAGAAGCUUGAACAGGAAGUCUCAGAUGCAGACAAAAUACGGAACGAGAUGGAAGAGAAGAAACAAAAGGAUAUGGAAUAUGAGAAGAUGAAGAUGAAACAGCUUCAUGGGCCCUCCCCCUUAGAUCCUUAUUUGCUUCCUCCACAGAAGGUAUUAAGGACCCCAUACAAGUCGGUUCCAGGCCAGAACAAGCACAGCGCCCCGGUCCCGUCCUCUUACUGGGAUGCUGCCCAGAUUCUUCAGCAGGUGAAGGAAGACAGGGCUACAUUAGAGGCCAAUUUGGAGGCAGUGUUCAGGGCGAGGCAGGAGGGCGAGGUCUAUACAAUGAUGGAGAGUCUUUACCAGGAGGGAAAUAAUGCUGAUUUGAUGAGAAUCAGAAAGAUGGUGGAUAAGAAGAUAAAUCUUUUGCAUUCCCAGGUGGAGAGAGAAGUAACAUACGAUGUGGUGAUGGCAGAACUGCAGAAGAAGGAAGCUCCAGUUCUUAUGAAACCGUCCACUGCCGGUCAGCAAAAGUUUGCCCCACAUUCCCAAAAGGCCACAGCAAGGGGAAGGGUAGGGGCAAAGAUUGAUACAGGGCUCAGCAAGAUCAAGGGCCCCAGUUUUGGACCCCCGCCCAGUAGGGCAGUGAGAGGGAAGGAGAACAUGCCCACUACUACAAACAGACCACCUACUGCCAAGCAACCAAAGAUAAGAUCUGUGUUUGAGGAUGAGGAGUACAUGACUAGGGUUUAUGGGAAGGCUUCCUACCAGAACAAGAGAACCACAGUCAAAGAUCCAUACCUUCAUCACCAGAAUGUACCGAAACACAAACCGGACCGGCCACCCGGAGCACCGGACGUGUCCACUGCCCAUCUGGUAAAAUCUUCCAAGACCCAAACAACACCAGGGAUAAAACAAUUCUACUUCAACCCUGUCCAAGGCACAUAUGUUCCGGUCACCUCAACAGAACAUGCUCCUAUACCAGGCCAGUUAGUGCCUAUGGCUGUGCCCCUUGGUGGCCCCCGGAUGGACAGUGGUCUGACCUACUCAGCCUCACCUCCCCCUGGGCCCAUCACUACCUCCACCCCAGCAUCUCAUCCCCCAGUAUCAGCCAUGAGGAAUGUUGCCAUAGUGUCUGUCCCAGCAGAGGAUGAUCUGAGAAAGCCUCCAGAACCUGAGCUCAGUAAACAGGUUUUACCUAGUGUUGAUAUAGAGACUGAUAUAUCGGAAACCUCACCCAUUCCAAAAACAAGACCCAGAUCUAUAUCACCCGAGAAAUCCAGAUCUACGUCACUUGAGAGGAACCUCGUGAGUCAGACAUCCUCACAACAUGGAGAGGUACUGCUUCAGUCUCCUUCGAAAUCCCCGAGCAAGAGUAGACUGGAGGUCACAUUCUACAGGGAGGAAGAUGAGGAAACUUUUACUGAUGUCUCUGGCGACCUGAAUCCAGAGGAUGCUCCAGGUAUUGCAUUACCAGGAUAUCACCCUCCAUCCCCACCCCCAGUGGUGGAAAGACAACCCGUGUUCCCUCAACAGAAACUGCUGGAUCACCUGACUCCAGUGGUGUCUGAUGUGUUAGCAGAAGACAUUCGUAGACGAGAUGAUCUGGAGAAGAGGGCAGAAGAGUGGCUUCAACAGGAAUUGCUGGCGAAGAUGAUCUCUGAGCUCUGUCCCACAGAGGUGGAAGAGGAACAAGCACCUGGUCUUCCACAUUUUGUAGAUGAGGACUCCAUAGAGAGUGAGAUGGAGGACAAAGAACAGUCUAUGUUUGUAAUGGACUCGAUAGGCCGGGCUGGCAUGCAGUUGUUUGUUGAUGCUGGCCAGCCGGUAGACAGCGACUUUGUCAACAGUUUAAUCCGAGAGGUCUUGGUGGAGAAGGUGGUGACCAUGCUGGGCCAAAAACCAUCAGAAGUGGAGCAUACUGAACCACGAGUCCUUCCGAAAUUGUCAGCUGCAAUAGACGAGGACAAAAUGGGAACCACAGAACCAUCACCAAGGGAGUAUUUGUAUAGUCCGGACCAGAUAGAGACACCUCAACCUACUCCCAAAGCUACCCCCAUAGCCUCCCCCAUCAGAGUGGUAUCACCCCCAGUCACACCAGAGCUCUCCCCACCGCCCUCCCCGAGACAGGAAGUACUGAGGGUGGAGCGAGCACCAGAACCUAUGAGACUACCACCUCAGCCGGAACCGGAGUCAGAAAUAUCGGAGUCUCUGGAUCUUAGUGAAGAACUGCGGAUUCUCAGGCAAAAACUAGUGGUGCCAGUGACCACCCAGUCAGUGGAAGAAAUGCAUGACAUUGAGACCCCUAUACCAACUCCCGUCCCAGAGGAGGAACCUCCACAAGAGCUCCAGGCAAUGUCCCCUCCCCCUCCCACCCCAAGACCUGUGGAACCACCCCCUAAGGUGGUAGAACCGCCCCCUGUGGAGGUUAAACAAUUGGAACCUCCCAAGGUGGUCAGUGAGGAGACUAUCAUUAAACAGCCAUUGGAGGUCCGUGAGGAGACAGACAAGAGCCCUCGGCCUUGGGGAGACCCAGGGUCACCCCGCCCAGAGGAAAAUCCAGAAUACAGAGAUCCAAUGGAACCUGAUCAACCAGUGCCUAUAGUUCUUCCGCCAUCAGAGAAUCGUGUAAUUCAUGAGGACAGGAGAUCUCCUUCCCCAAAGAGACCAAAAUCACCUGCCCGUCAACCAAGCCCCACCCCCUCAUUUUCGGAAAGUGUUACGGAGUCAUCAGUCUCAGACACCAUAAACCAGAGUGUUUCAGAAGGACAGUGGCUACUUAACAAGAGCGAGGGGGAGGUGGCUGAUUUCCCCAUCGAUGAAGUAACAAGACAGAGAGCAUUAGAAAAAGCUUUACGGCUGAGAGCAGAGCAGAGUAUAGCAAGCACAACAAAAGAUGCAUCAGAUAUUCCCGACGAGUCUACAGAGUUCCCCAUUAGUGAGGGAGAAUUUCAAUACAACCCCGCCAUAGCACCAGAGAAAGAUCCGGUUCUUCUGUUACUCUCCAGACUGCAGCACGGUCCUAUCCACCCAGGACAGCUGGACAUGACAUCAACGCAGGUAUCAGACCUGCUGGACUACACAGGAAAUAGCUUAGGUGACCUUAGUAUGAACCAGCUCAGAGCCUCAGUGGACAGAAGUCUGGGAGAAGUCCGGCCCAAGAAGCAUCGCAAGCAGCAUGGUUCUCCUGAACGGGAGUAUGGGAAGUAUGAUUAUGGCAGACACCUGCGAUCUCCCUCACCUGACCAAACAGGGAGACAAUCUCCAGACAGAGGAAGAAAAUCUCCUCACCACGGGCGUGAAUAUGUUGAAGAGGGCAGAAGAUCUCAGAGUAAAGGCAGGGCAUCACCAGACAGAGGAUAUGGAAGACCGCAUAGCCAUGGUAGGGAUUCUCCACACACAGAGGCACAAGAACGGCCUUACUCUCCACAGAGGGACCGACAUAAUGGGCAAUACUCUCCACAGAGAGAGGGGCGAUAUUCUCCACAGAGGGAGGGGCGAUAUUCUCCACAGAGAGACCAAAGAGAUGGUCGAUAUUCUCCACAUAAAGACCAGAGGGAUGGGCGAUAUUCUCCACAGAGGGACCAGCAGGGCAGGCGGUCUCCAGUUAGGUCCAGUCUGGAAAAUGGAAGAAAGUCUCCAAUGAGAGUAUCAUAUGAAAUGGAUUCUGAAGGCCAAGAUGUUGAAAGAUACACUGUAGAAACUUCUAUCACCACCACUAAGAAAACCUCAGGAACUCCACAUGGUAGCUCUAAGAGGGCCCCCACCAGACCCACCAUCCCAGGAGGUGUUUCCCUCGGGGGCAGUCUGACUGGUGGCCAGCGGUCUCCAGUGAAAUCUGCCCUGAAGAAACCCCCACAAGCCACCAAAUCUCCAGGGUUACCAGACAAGUCUAUUACCAUGACAGGUCCUAGAACCUACCCUCUGCCAGGGUCGGAUGAGCAGAGGGUCUCACAGAGUUUGAGUGACAAGGGAACCCGAGCCUUCACCCCAGACCAGAUGAAUAUGGAGGAUUUGCUUCAGUCCGGCUACCUGUCCCAGACCUUCAGCCAGUCCUCCACCGGGAGAGUACCUUCCCCUGAGUAUCCCCAGAGGCAACUCAGCCCUACCCGACUCAGCAAGGAAAAGAAGUCUCUUGGGAUGACUUAUUCAUUUGACUCAAACGGAGGAGGGGCUGCUGACUCAUACAGUGAAUCAGAACUUAGGAGACUGGCCGACUCGGACUCGUUGAGGAUGUCUGUGACCUUGCCCUCAAUGGAUGAUUCGGAAUUUCUCUGAGAUAUUGUCGCAGAGAAGAUACACAUGUGAUAAUAAAGAAGUGAUUUUGUCUUAUGCUAGUGUCUUAGUGUCAAUAUUCUAUGGUAUUUGAUUAAACCGUUUUCAUAAUUAUUUGUUAUUUACACCAAUAUAUGCUGUAGUUUAUAUUUACAGAAGGUUCAGAAGCAAUGAAAUAGCCGAUAUAAAUAAUCUAAUUCUACUUGUAUGAAAAAUUAAGAUCUGAUUCUUAACACACCGUUGUCUGUGAUAUUUGUGAUUUUUUCCGUCCAGAUGUAGACUUUUCAAGUGUGAACAAUAUUACAUGAGUGUAUUGUGUAAAAAGGCUCUAGAAUAGUUUGUAAAAUAUAAAUACAAACAGGCACCAAACUCAGUACCAACCCCUCCCCUUAUAUAUAUAAACUUACAGAAUCUCUCCAAUACAAAUACAUGGAAGGGGUUGAGUUUUGCGUCAGUUAAUAUAUACUUUACACAAGUGUCUAUAUCUGAAUUACUGAUGUGUUUUCAAGUAUUGACACAACCUCUUAAAUGUUUGGUGUUUCAUACAAAAUCUUAGUUAAGGGUUUAUUAUGUGUACUUGGGUAAUCUACCUUUAUUGAAGGUGUAUUAUGUAUAGGUGAUCUAACCCUCAGUAAGUACAGUGUAGUGCUCAUAGAGGUAUAUUAGAUGAUUUGUAAUAAAGGAGAUUUAAUUUA